AUGAAGGGAAAAUUAUCGUUGGGAAGCAUCGAUAACUUGUACACAAGUGUGAAGGAUCUUAAUUCAUCAUGGUUCAUAGGGUCAGCAAAAAACUCCUUACUGAAUCCAUGUGUUCCUCAUCAAUUUGGUUGUACAAGCCAGCCAAUACAUAUUCCAGAAGAAGACCCUCCUAAUUAUUGGUAUGACAUCGUUCAAGAGUCACAUUUGCCAUUGGAUGAUUUUGAGGAACAUCUGGUGGAAAUUAAGAACUCACGCGAGGCACUGAAGCUGUUGAGAGCCUCUUUGACAUCUAAAGCUGCUUUGACGAAUAGCCUGUCCUUCUUACUGAAGAAAAGGAAAUGGGAAAAGUGUAUUUUGGGAUGA